CCAAUCGACUACGACCAUGGGCCAGGCGACAUCAGUGCCAGCAAUGACGACAACGACGGCGCCUCCGUCUGGAUGUCCAAUGCACCAGGAUUCGAAACCAACUCAGUGCCCUGUCGACCAUGCAAAGCCGGCCCAAUGCCCUGUGGAUCACUCCAAACCCACCCAAUGCCCUGUUGACUCGCAAGCUCUCAAUUCGCUGAACCAAAUGCCAAAUCUCUCCCAGUCACCUGCACCAAAUCAGACCAUGCACCUGCCAUUAGAUCGCACCGAGUCUUCCAUUCCCCGUGAUCAAUCUGCCAAAUGGGAGUACCCUUCACCUCAGCAAUUCUACAACGCGCUGGUUAGGAAGGGAUGGGAAACGCCAGAAGAACACGUUGAGGUGAUGGUAGAGAUCCACAAUUUCUUAAACGAGCAGGCGUGGCAGGAGGUGUUGAAAUGGGAAAGGAGGGCCUACGAUUCAGAUGACAUACAGCUAGCUCGCUUCAAAGGACGGCCUGGGGAAUUGUCACCCAAGGCACGGUUUUGGAUGUUUGCUGGCUGGCUAUUGCCUUCUCGAUUCAAUACCGAACCGCCCUUUGACCGUCACGACUGGGUAGUUCGACGACCAAAAACUGGCGACGAGGUCCGCUAUGUAAUUGACUACUACUCUGCCCCUCCGGAACCCGACGGUUCGCCAGUUUUCUCUCUUGAUGUGCGUCCCGCUUUGGACAGCUUUGGAAGUAUAAAGGAGCGCAUCGCUGUCGCUACUGAGGAUGUCUGGGCAAGCUUCAAGCAGAGUCCUUCGAAACGGACAUGACAAAAAAGUAUCACCUAUAUAGACUAGAUGUACAUUUAAAUAAUAGGAUUUUUCAAGCUCAUUUAGCGGAAGGAUGCGGAAACAGGCGGAAACUUAAAUAAAUUUAUCUGCGGC